AUGGUUAGGCCAGAGUAUAGUUCUCCCCCAGAAUUUUUUUAUAACGAAGAUGAAGCAAAAAAGUAUGUUCGAAAUUCCAGAAUAAGAGAUAUUCAAUCUCAAAUGACUGAAAGAGCAAUCGAAUUACUUUUACUACCAGAUACUCCAUGUUUAUUGCUGGAUAUUGGCUGUGGGUCUGGAAUAAGUGGAAUGACCUUGAACGAAUAUGAUCAUUUUUGGAUAGGAAUAGAUAUUAGUAUCCAUAUGUUAAGAGCCGGAGUACAAAAUGAGGCUACAGAAGGAGGAGAUAUGAUUUUAGCAGACAUGGGAAAAAUGAUGAGAUUUCAACCUUCCAUAUUCGAUGGAGUUGUCAGUAUAUCUGCCUUGCAAUGGUUAUGUAAUUGGGAUAAAAAAUCAGAAAGUCCAACCUUAAGACUUAACACAUUUUUCAAAUGGCUAUAUUAUUGUUUAAAACGAGGAGCCAGAGCAGUCUUCCAAUUUUAUCCUGAUUCUCCUCAACAAAUUGAGACCAUAACAAAUGCCGCAAUAAAAUCGGGUUUUGGUGGUGGUGUUGUUGUUGAUUUUCCAAAUUCAGCAAAAUCUAAAAAAUAUUAUUUGUGUUUAUGGGCGGGUUCAGCUACUAUUACAAAUAUGAAUGAGCCAGUGGAAAACGAAGAAGAAGACAUGAUUACGCAGGAAAGGAGACGAAGUAAUAAAAAAACAAAGAAGAUUAUUAAGAAAAAUAAGGAAUGGAUAUUAAAGAAAAAGGAACAAAGAAGAAAGAAAAAUUUGGAAGUUAAAAGAGACAGUAAGUACACUGGAAGGAAAAGGAAAACGAGAUACUAA